AUGUCUAUAGAAGAUGGUAGAAGACUCAAGCUGAAAUUCAUCAUUUUAGCGAUAAUUAUAGCAAGUACUAUAUUUGGAAUUCUUCUAUGUAAUAAUUAUUUAUUUCCUAUACAGUUGACUCCACUUUGGAAAGGAUAUAUUAUUGGAUUCUUUGGUUUUGUUAUUAAAGGUAUAUUUGGUACCAAUUUUGAAACAUGUGGAAUUCAACCCGUAUUAGCAGAAUUGGGAUAUGUUCCAAAUGAAAGACAUUGUUAUAUAGCAUAUGGGAUAGCUACUUUGAGUGGUUCUUUACUGGUAGGAAUACUUGCGGAAUUAAUAAGCUUCUUUUGGCAAUGA